AUGGAGAGCCCACCCGUUGAGGCUCGCUCUCUACGGUCCAUCGUCAACCUCGCAUCGAACCCGCCAGCGUAUCCUCGGAAUCCUACCCAGACACCGUUGGAGCCGCUCGUUCUGUAUAUUGUCCGCGUGCCUGGUAGUAAAGGUGUUACAGACGUAUUCCUCUCGCCGCUCAAACCUCCUACAAAGUCCAGUCUCUCACCCGAAUCGCUCAAUGCGUCGCUAUAUUUCCUGCAUGUGGCCGGACCCAGGGACGACGAGAUCCUGGAAUCCAUCGAACAGGAGCGCCAUACCCAUGUUAAGAAACCAAUACGGCAAACGAGUAAAUUUGCAAUCUUGAAUCGCACUCGCAGGAAACCGGUGCCGGGGAUAGAUACUCAGGCUGCCCGUUCGGACAAUGAAGCUUCCCCUCCGCUGCCACCCCGACCCCAGAAGAUAGACCGAGAUGCAGAAGCUAGUCCGGUCUCGAGAUCACCAGAUGCGUGGGAGCCGCAACCUCCAGCACUUCCACCUCGACCACUUUUUGACCAGUCUGCCGAGCAGUCAGUCGAUACGCGGCGAUGGAGCGCCCAGCCGUCUACGCCAAUACCCAGUUUAGAACCUCCUUCGCAGGACUGGCAGAGCCAGAGCUCUGGAACCGUGGUGCGGGCUAGCUGGGACGGUGGACGGCCGUUAUUUCAACCGGAUCCCUUAAGAUCUCAUAGUCCUCUAGGGUCUCUACAUCCUCUAGAUGACGAGGGACCCAAGCCACCGUUGCCAUUACGGCCAAAGCGAAGGCCUGAUCGGCCGCGAGACGUCGUUCAGGCACCACCUUUCCAUUUAACGCUCAUCCGGCGCGAUCCAACUCACAGCAGCCAGUGGAAUGUGGGCACAAUUGAUAAUAUGGGCAGCUCGCCCUCAGAGGGGAGGCCGGAUGGAUCGAUAAAGGUGGAAAUCACAACACCAGGCUACCAGAAAUUCGCGGUUGAUACUUCCCGUAUGUCAUUCGAGAGUCUCGGGAUUAAACUCCCUGCUGCUAUGCGCAGUUCGACCAAUACACAGCCUCCAUUAUCUGGUGUCCCAGCAAUGUCUGGAGAAACCUCAGCCGGUGAAUCUGCAGAAACGUCAGAUUCAGGACCAGAAGCAGGGCCGGUUAAGUUCACCCGUAUCCUCAAGCUCUCCCAACCCCCACAGACAUCUCACCAUCGGCAUCAAGCCUCCCACAGCGAGAUAUUCAAUUUUAGCCCCCCGAAAGCCAGCAAAUACCCCCGUGGGCCAAGUGCACAUUACAAUUUCACCUCCAUCUGGAAUGGCCAGUGCACAUUUACAACGGCCGCCAACGGCAGGACCCUACGGUGCAAACAUACCAUCCCAGGGCCAUCAGGAACUGCAGCGUCGGCGACGUCCACUACAACAGUCGCUGAGAUACGAUUCAACCUGCCAACGUUACUGCCAAGGCCAUCCAGCUCCAGCGACCCAAAUAGCAGCCCAACGAAGAGUUCCUGGUUUGGGGAGUUAGACCUAAGCCUUGCCCGUGAAAGGGCGGGCGGGGGACUACGCGGCAACAGCGCAAAGCUGGGGAAGUUGAUUAUUGAAGAUGAGGGCCUGAAAAUGCUGGAUUUGGUCGUUGCCAGUUGUAUGGGCGUGUUUUGGAAGUAUUAUGAUCAUAUGUAA